AUGAAUAGAGAGGAUCUUUUGACCCUUUCGAGAACGACUUCUCAUUCCUAUAAAAGUGGUCUAACCUCUCAAGCAAAACCGAAUCAUGGCAAUAAAUCAGAGCAUGCGAAGCAACCUUAUGUAUUCGCAGAUCCAGUUGCAUAUCUGGAGGAGGACAACGCCACAGAAGUCAUAGAACGUCACGGAGAACUUAAAGGUUACGAAGUCUAUCUGGUCGAGCAAUGGGCGUGUUCGAGAGUACAUCCCACUUUCGUCAUUACGACCUAUACAGGGGAUGCCAGCCACAAGAUUCAAGUAGGGGUAUUGGGGAUUCCUGCAGAUAAGGAGACAUGGAAUCCGAGACUUCGAGUCUACUUCAACGCCAUUUCUCAAUAUCACGCCAGAUCUAAGGAUACGCCAUUGGGCACAUUGAUGGUUACAAAUUUGAGCAGCUUUCCUUCUGGCCUCAAUGUUAUCCCGGUACCGAAUGGAGACGUGAGGAAACACAGGGAAGAUUUCAUUGUCAACGAGAAUUUGAAGAGGUUAGGAUGUUCUGGUCGAUCCGGCAUGAGCCUUCAGACCCCGGCCGCUGCAACACAAGCCAAAUUCUUUCAAUUAUACAAAACGAGCGAUCGGAUACCCCUAUAUGGUGCUGUCAUCGAACUAGUAAAGCUUUGCCAAGUAGCCCUGAUGAUUUUUGGGAAGUUAGAACAGGAAUACGCUGAUGGUUGUCUUUGCGAUGUUACCGAGAGAGCAAUAAAUGAUUGGUGGACUGAAAUUGGAUCUGAAUACUACAACAUUGAACCAUCCGACGGGAUUCUAGGCCCUACGACUGUGGCCGCACUUCUAGGAUUGCUCAUGGGUGCUAGAAAUCGACUCAAUUAUUAUGGGGCCCCGGUGGCUAAGGACGCUUUUGAUGUUGUUAGUCUCAAGCGCGGUAUAGCUUAUUUUCAAAAGUCCCAGAAGAUGGAGCGCACUAGGAGGCUAGAUAGAUACACUCUACAGCGGUUACAUCAAGUCACUGCGAAAGGUGCUGCCGGAGAUGGUUGGGCAGUUCCAAAAGCGGUGAAAUCGACCCUAGCAGAAGUUAGUGGGAAAAGUGGUGAAAUGGUUAUGGGAAUGGUUGGUCGUGAUAAAUCUGGGAUUGCUGACAUUGAGACUUGGGACUUGGAGCGCUUCAUAACUCUGGUACAUGGCGCCAGAUCGAAAUGGUUAUGGUAUGGGAAAUCUAGACGGACUGGUGCCGAUGAUCAUGGUAAAUCAGAAUCCGCGGCUGCUCACAUGUCGUUCACCAAGGAUGACCAUGGUGGAUACAUGUGGUCUCACAAUAGAGCUGAUUUAGUGCCUCCAGAAGAUGAUACAGAUAUUCGCAAAAAAGAAGUCUCGGAUGACAUAUACACCGCUCAGCCUCCAGGAUCGACAACGAGUAUGUUGGAAACUUCGAAUGACCGAGAAUUUCAACUCCACAAAGCUGUGUUUAAAAAGGCUACCGGAAAGAUGAGCGAGGCCAAGCAAGGGUUUGGACGAAUCAAGGAUGCUGUUGGCCUGCGCGGCCAUGCCAGUAAACAUUCGAAAGACGAAAGCCGUGACUUGGAUGAGAACGGUGGUUACUUUAGCCCGGGACAUCUGACUACAACACUCUAUGGGCCAAGCACACCAUCUAGCCCGACAAUUAACAAAGCAUUUACUUGGAAAAUUAAACCGGGAGAAUAUGAAAGUGUUAUACCAAAAGCUAAAGACGUCGCGACCGGAUUAGCGCAAGCUGAGCUGCGUGAAAGGGGUAGCGAAUCACCUACUGAUAAUUCCAAGACAAGCUUGCCAAGUCUCGCUCCAAAUCCAAGCGCUUUACAAUGGGAAGAAAGGAAGGCCACGGAAGCCGAAGAACAGUGGCAGGCACAGGCGCAAGAAAUCCGGCGCGAACUUGUGGCAAGGGAGCCUUCGAUUUCAGGCUCCCUUUUCGGCGAAGGUGACCUUGAAGGUCCACUUUUAGAGGCAGAACGUAGUGACAAUCAUAAUUUUGUGGCAAUACUUCAUCGUCGCCAUAGUGUUUCCGAUGUGUCUCUCAUGAGGAGACAUCGUGGCGAAGAUCGGAUACAGCGCCACGCGUCUUUCAGCGACGCCGAAGACGCUAUUUUAACCUGGGAUCCUGUUGGUAUUAUUGACAAGUUUGAUGAAUCAAAUGAGUGGCUUGCAUUACAAGAUCAUAAACUACUCAACGAGGAUUACAAACGAAUAUACGAGAAGAUAUUGGAUCUCCGAAACAAUCUAUGCCCAUGGGUACAACAGAGAAUCGACGGAAUCAACCUUUUAGAGGACCAAGCUGCUUUGGACCAAGAAAGAUUUCAAGAACUACACAUGCAGCUGAGCGAAGAAUACCAGGACCUAAGGAAGAGCACGCAAGACUUCCUUGGCGAAGAACGAUCUCAUGUUACAGAAACUCUCAAAGAUAUUGAAGUUCUCGGAGCUAAACUUGAGUACGAGCUUGAUUCUCUCGUGUCAAAAGUACAGGACGUAGAGGAUGGUGUAUCUCAAUUCGAAAGACAGGUAGAUGAUUUGGAAACACGGGCAGAUGAACUAGAAAAUAUUUUUAGAAAAGAAAGUUGGGCUCAUUGGAUUGUUCGCUCCAUCACGGGAAUUGGUACUGGCCCAAAUAUAGUGGCACCGAGGAGUCCAUGA